UCCUGUUUAGCCUUGUCAGGUCUUGUCCUUACGUCCUUCGUCACGAUGGUCCGAGUCGUUUAAUCUUGGACAGUUAUCCAAAGUACCUACCUACUCGUCGUCGGAUUUAUCCUCUCGUGAGACGUAUCGUUUUUAUUCGAGAAGAAAGUUGAAGUAGACAUGGAGUUGGGAAACCAGCGACAGGAGUCCCUGGGUGCCACCUCUGGCCCGAUUUCAAAGUCCAUCGAUGUAAAGAAGAACGUUCACCCCGAUGUCAUCGCACCGUCCGAAGACUCGGGUCUGUCUAGCAUUUCGACCAGCCCACCUGGCUCUGUCUGUUCAUCUUUAAAAGCUGAUGAUGGCCAGGAUGAUGUCAAGCCGAAUUCAGAGUCGACGAUCGGCGAGGGUAUCCAGUUCGCCGAUCCGAGUGUCAUCGCCGAGGAAAUGCGCGAAAAAGAAGCAAAGAUCAAGAGGCAAGAUUCAGAGAUGUUGGCAGAGAAACGUAGGGCCAAGGAAGCUUACCAGCAGGAAAUUCAAGAAAAACAGUACAAAUGUCUGAUGCACUUGUUGAGCAAGAGCAAGGCUAUGAGCAGAUUUUUAAACGAGAAGGUUAAUAAAGCCACGGAAAAGGAAAGCGUCAAGAUAGGCCGAAAAGGCGGUAAUAAAGCUGGCAGCAAAAGGGGUGCCACAACUCCCGAGACGGAAGAUGAUGCGCCACCACCGAAAAAGAAAGGCAGAAAACCCAAGCAGAUCAAACAAAAUCUGAGCGAAGAAGAUAUCUCAAAAGAGUUGGAUUCGUUGAUUGAGGACGAAGAGAAAGAAAACUCUAGUGCUGUUGCUAACUACGUUAAAUCAAAGUAUUUUGUGGGAGAUUUGCGUGACUAUCAAAAAAUAGGUCUCAAUUGGCUCAAAGCUCUGUAUGAUCAUGGACUGAAUGGAAUUCUGGCCGAUGAAAUGGGUCUUGGAAAAACAAUUCAAGUUAUUGCUUUGUUUGCGCACUUGAUUGAAAAACGAGUGCCAGGACCAUACUUGGUUAUAGUGCCUUUGUCGACUCUACCCAACUGGAUCUCAGAGUUUGAACGUUUUGCCCCUGAACUACCGGUAGUCGUUUUUUAUGGCAGUCAAAAAGAUAGAGGUCCGAUCAGAAACAAAGCCAUGAAAAAAGUGCGCAUGGCUGUGAACUUUACCACACAUCCGAUCAUCCUUACAACAUAUCAAAUGCCCCUUUACGAGCAAAAGUUUUUCAAAACGUUGAAUUAUCGAUACAUCGUCAUUGAUGAAGCUCAGAGGAUUAAAAACUUCAACACUCAGUUAUUCAAGGUUCUCAAAAUGUUUAACUCAGUGAAUCGAUUAUUGUUAACUGGUACACCUCUGCAAAACAAUUUGUCAGAACUCUGGUCGUUACUGAAUUACCUUUUGCCUGAAAUUUUCAAUGAUUUGGAUGUAUUUGAGUCGUGGUUUGAUGCCAAGGACGUACAAAAUGAGGCAGGCAAAGAGAAAUUUUUUAGGCGCGAGCAAGAAAAACAAGUCAUGUUUGCCCUGCGCGAGAUUUUGCAACCGUUUAUGCUGCGUCGCUUGAAGGAAGAAGUUUGUCCAGACAUUCCUCCAUUCAAAGAAGUUGUGGUGUACACUCCGCUAACGAGUUUUCAACAUCAACUCUACUCUGCAAUACUCAAUCGUGAUCUUGAAAAACUUUACAUGACCGAAAUGCCAGUUGUAGUUGAUGUUGAUGGAGUUAGACCAAAAAGGAAAUGUACACAAGCGGUAAACUUGGAUACUUACUACAACGAAAAUUAUUCAAAUAUUGUUUCUACUAAACCACAAAAAAGCUUAGCUGAGACCUCGAACGAAGCCAAGAAAGACAGAAGAGAAGAAGAAAUUUCUAAAUGGAGGAAAUUUGCAACUGUAAACGACGAAAAUGUUGAGUUUUACAUUAGACUGAGAUUUGGCAAUGAUGUGAUGAUGUACAGACACGUAGUUAACCACCCUUACAUCAUCCAUCAACCAUUAGAUAACUGUGGAUUAAGUUUAGUUGACGAAAAUCUUAUUAAAAUUUCUGGGAAAAUGUUGGUACUCGAUGCCAUGCUGAAAAAACUCAAAGCUAAAGGUCACAAAAUUUUAUUGUUUUCCACCAUGAGAAUGGUAUUGGAUGUCAUUGAAGAUCAUUUGAACUUACGAAAUUAUCAGUACGUCAGGUUGGAUGGCACGAUUAAGUAUGAAGAUCGCAGGUGUAACAUUGACAAAUUUCAAACAGACCCAGACGUAUUUAUAUUUCUACUCACCACUAAAGCUGGAGCCGUAGGUUUGAAUCUCGCUGCAGCUGAUACUGUUAUAAUUUAUGACAGUGACUAUAAUCCUCAAAAUGAUUUACAAGCCAUGGCUCGUUGUCAUCGAAUCGGUCAAACAAAACCUGUUGUGGUUUACAGGCUUUGUACAAAAGGUACAGUUGACGAGGAAAUAAUUAAUCGCGCAAAUGCAAAGAGAUUCCUGGAAAAAGCAGUGAUAUCCAAGGAAGGUUCUAUAGCAACCAGUUAUGAAGGUCUUAUGGCGCUUAAAAAACUCUUAGAUGAAAACACUAAAAUCAUAGAUUCAAAGAAAGAAGUCUAUACCGAAGCAGAAUUAGAAGAAAUGUUAGAUAGAAGUGACAUGUUGAGGGAAAAGAAGGAAGAAACAGAAUGAUUUUCAUUCAACUAAGUGUACCAUUAUACUGUAUGUGUUCGUUUUAUUCCGUUCUAUUUAUAAUUUUUUACGUAUUUAUAUCGUUAAAAUGUUAAUAUCUGUUUCUUAAUAUCAAAAGUUAUGGCAAUCUACUUCAGACAAGAUUGUGUGACUGUAAAAAGUACAUUUUUUAACUCGAGAAAUAGUUUGUACUGUGAGUGUGAUCGUUAAGUAUUUAUUAUAGAUAAUUUUAAAUCUCAAGUACCUCUUUGUAAUUUAAGAAAUUAUUUUUUUAAUAAAAAUGUUCGUUAAUAUUUUUAAUAACACGUUUGUUGUGAAAUGAGCUUUUGCUCCAAUCACUUAAUUUUUCUUUGUUAGUGACAAAUAUAUUUUUCUUUAAAAGUAUAAUAUAUAUUUUAUAU